AUGAAAAUGGAACUACGAUCAAAGCAAAAGCACGAGCAAAAUAAGGUGAUUUUGGGUCAGUUUUUUGACCUGGAAUUCGACGACGACCACACCAACGGCAAUUAUACGGUGGCGAACUGUGUUGCUCGAAAUGCUGACGGUCGUGAGAACAUCACAUUAAUUGAAAACGGAUGUCCAACACGAACUGCAUUAGAAUAUGUCGUACGUGGCGGCAUUAGAAAGCAUCAGAACGGUUUUUCCAUUCCAAUGAGAGCAUUUCGUUUUAAAAACGAUGGAACUGUGAAGAUCGUCUGUCGACUAGAUAAUUGCAAUCGUUGUGAUACGCGAGUAUGCACAAAGAACAUACGAAAACGCAGUUAUGCUAGUGAGGAGCCUAUCGAUUUUACAGAGGGUGAAGAAGUUGAAAUCUUGUUGACUGUUACGGAUGAAGCCCUAAGCCAAAGUACAUAUUGUGUUACUCGUACGAAUUUUGUCUCAGUCUCGUCGCUCGGAUCGGCGGCGCUCAUCGCUCAAUUUCUAGUGUUGCUGAAACUCUUUCAUCGAGCUCGAAGCCAUACUAUGUAG